CAUCACCCCUGCGAGAUAUGACAUCACCCGGCCCCGGCUGGAACGGGACAAUACACCCGCCCUGGAGCACCCGGGACUCCAGUUUUCCCUCGAACCCCGAUCGUGAAGCACCUGAAUCCGACUCAACUUUUCUCUCGGUGAUCUGAAUCUUUUGCGUCCAAAAGAGGAAUUUUUUUUUUCAGUCAGCACUGCUCAACAAAAAUGUCGCCAAUCAUCGCAGUGAUUGCGGUUUUGUGCUUCGCUGCGACAAGCGAGGCAGCAAAACUCGCUGCUCGAGCCGAACGAGACGCUCCUUCACCAAAAUACAGACCUUCUCCCCAGGCUUACGAAAUUCCACUGAAGGACCUCGACGGAGACGGCUACGCAAAUGAGAAAUUAGAGUUGGAGCCCGACGCGUUGCUGCCAAUCAAUUAUCAAUUUAGCUACAACGUAGAAGACGGAGAAAUCGGAAAUUACCAGACACGAUCAGAAGUUCGUGAUGGUCUGGAAACAUUCGGUGAAUACUCUUACAUCGACCCGAAUGGAGUUCUCCGAACUGUGAAGUACACCAGUCAUCCAGUGAACGGCUACGAAGCCAAGGAAUACGAACAGCAAACUCAGAUCAUCCCGAAGCCGCCGAAAAAGCACGAAAAGGACGCCUACGGCCGCCACGUGAAGCCGCAAGAACAAUACAACAAGCCGCCGCAAGAACAAUACAACAAGCCGCCGCAAUACCGAGCCUAA